AAAAAUGAAAAAAAAAAACUACAAAAGAAAAAAGUAGUAGUAGAGAUGUGAAAAGUAACGCCGAUGGAUGAGUGAAGCUAUGUUUAGUAUCAUAUCAGUCCCUGGUGCCUUUAAGAGAAGCGUGAGCGGAGCCUAGAAACAUGAGGCGGGGACAGGAAAGUCUAAUGUGACGUACUGAGCAGAAACUGAAGUAGUAGAGACCCUGUGUAAAGGAGCACAAACACAGACUGCUUUCCUCUCCGUGUCACACAACGUAGAAGCAAGAUAUGGCUGCUACUGGCAGUGUGCUGUCGGAGGAGCAGCUUCUUUGCCCCAUCUGCCUGCAUUUGUUCAACCAACCGGUCUCCACUUCUUGCGGACACAACUUCUGUAGGGAUUGCAUUCAAGAAUACUGGCAGAGUGCUAAUCUGUCACAGUGCCCCGUGUGCAAGCAGACGUUUUACAGGAGGCCCGAGCUUAAAGUUAACACUUUAAUAUCCGAGGUGGCUUCGCAGUUCAAGAAGUCAUUGGAAAAGAAAAAUGAAAAUGAAGUUUGUGCUGUUGAUCAAUGUUAUGGACGUAAAGGAGCAGUUUCAUCUGAUGUGCACGUUGGCAAAACAGUCAAGGCUCUUCAAUCCUGCCUGGAGUGUUUGACCUCCUUCUGUGAAACCCACCUGAAGCCUCACCGUGUUCUAGGAAGCUUCAAGAAGCACCCCCUGAUCAACCCUACGAUGAACAUGCAAGACGGAGUUUGUGAGAAGCAUGGGAAAAUCCUGGACCUGUUCUGUAACACUGACCAGGUGUAUGUGUGCCAUACCUGUGUUAAAAAAGAGCACAAUGCCCAUCACACAGUACUUAUAGAGGAUGAGAGCAGAGACAAGAGAGCUCGCAUUAGAAGGAUGGAUGCAGAGGUGGAAAAAAUGAUCAAUGGCCGACUGGAGAAAAUCAGUGAAAUCAAUCAAACUAUUCAGCUCAGCAGAGAAAACACAGAAAGAGAGACUGAGGAGAGUUUGCAAGUCUUCAACAAUCUGCUCCACCUCGUCCAGAGAGGCCGUGCUGAGGUGCUGGAGGUGACUGAAGCAAAACUGAAGCGAGUUGAAAGCAAGGCCAGUGAAUUCAUCACAGAGUUGGAGCAGGAGAUUGAAGAGCUGAAGCAGAGAAAAGCAGAGCUGGAGCAGCUCUUAAACACCGAAGACAACCUUUACCUUCUCCAGAGCUCUCCAGCUUUCUACUCACUGCCAGCCACCAAAGACUGGUCUGACACCUGCGCAGAGAGUGCUGUAUAUGUGGGCACAGUGAGGAGAGCAGUCAGGAGAGCAGCACGUCAGUUGGAGGAGACUGCAAAGGCUGAACUGAAGAGGCUGUGUGAGAUCGAAUUUCGGAGGGCUCAGCAGUGUGCUGUGGAUGUGACUCUGGACCCUGAUACAGCACAUCCCAAGCUGGUGCUAUCUGAAGACAAGAAACAGGUCUACCAUGGUGACGUAGCGCUGAGCCUCCCAGACAAUCCAGAGAGAUUUUACCCUGGUGUGUGCAUUUUGGGCAAGGAGGGGUUCUCCUCCGGCAGGUUCUACUACGAGGUCCAGGUGAAAGGGAAGACAGAGUGGGAUAUAGGAGUUGCGCUUGAAUCGGUCAACAGAAAAGGAGGGAAUAUACUGAACCCUGAAAGUGGCUACUGGGCCCUGGGGAUGAGAAAGGACGAGAGUUACUGGGCCCUCAGCAGCACUCCUAUCUGUGUGCUUGUGGUCGAGCAGCCACAGAGAGUCGGUGUGUAUGUUGAUAUGGAGUCGGGACAGGUUUCUUUUUACAACGUGGACUCUGCUUCUCAUAUCUAUUCAUUCACUGGAUUCUCUUUCAAUGAGAGACUUUUCCCCUGCUUUAACCCUCGGCGUAACCAUUGCGGGGUCAACUCUGCUCCUCUGGUCAUCUUGCCUGUCAGCAUCUGAAGUCUGAAAACAUUUAAUCUCUUCCUGUUGUUUGAACACUGUCAACUAUUUUCAGAUGAAACUUAGCAAAGGUCUAGCGUGAUGUUUGUUGUUUGCCUUAAUAAAGUGUCUUUACUCUGCUGAA